AAAUCCUGGGGGGAAGGUUGAUUGUUGUUGGCAGCCAAAGGUGGUGCUGGGAGAGGAUGGAGCGUUAAGAGCUUCGGUAACAGAACCCGAGGUUCAGCAGUUCCUUGCCUCAAUGUUUUGUGGCUGCAUCUGUGGCUUAGGCAUCCCUUCCUGAGGGAAGCGGCAGAGAAGGCCUGUAUGGAAAAUUAAUGCAAUCAAGUGUAAUUUGAAUCUGCCUGGGUCCCUAGAUGGAUACCAGGAGGCUGGAGUUGGACUGUUGCCCCCACAAUGGUUUCUUCAUAGCUGUUUUGUCCACGCCUCUAUGGGUUCCUAGCUGAGGGAACUGAAGAUUAAUGUUCAGCAAAUGUAUCUUGUUAGCUGCAACCAGAUCUUAGUAUUUGAUGUGGAGUUAAUGUGGUAAAAACCCCAAUAUUUUUACAGCUUCUACUUGUGAAAAGACAUAUCAGUGGUGACACAAGUGCAGGGUAGUUGCUGAUGUAGAUAGUUGCUUCAUUUGAAAGAUUUCACAUUAAGCACUGAAGGUCAGUUUGUGCUGCUGCUGCCUUGUGACUUGCUUGGUGGUAGCUCAGGUUGUGGGUCUGGACUAACCAGCUGGUUCAGCUGGAAGACGCUGUCGUGGUUUUUUAUUGCUACUGGCUAGUGCAGAAUCCCUCUGAUGACAUACAGCUGGAAAGUUCCAGAGCUCACUUCUGAGUUCCCUCAUUGUCUUCUUACGAAAGUACUUGCACGGGUCAUAAAAAGGGCUCCAAAACAGCUAGUCAAAGCUUAAUUUUCUAAGGUGAUGGUUUGUAGUGUUGCUUUGGGUUUAAACACAGUCUUCUGUACCUCUAAUCCCUUUAUUUUCAUCUUCCCAUUGAAAAAGAAAAGGAGCUCUCAGUAAAUCAUGUCGUGGAUCAGAGAGGGCGAGCUGACCAUCAUAGAGCGAUUUUGUGCCAACAUCAUUAAGGCAGGUCCGAUGCCCAAGCAUGUUGCCUUCAUCAUGGAUGGCAAUCGCCGUUACGCCCAGAAGUGUCACGUGGAGAGGCAGCAGGGGCAUUCGCAAGGCUUUGAUAAGCUGGCACAGACACUACGGUGGUGCUUAAAUCUGGGCAUUCGGGAGGUCACUGUUUAUGCCUUCAGUAUUGAGAACUUUAAACGCUCCAAGGAGGAGGUGGAUGGACUAAUGGAUCUGGCAAGACAGAAAUUCAGCCGCCUACUGGAAGAACAGGAGAGCUUGAAGAAGCAUGGUGUGUGUAUCCGUGUCCUUGGGGACCUGCCGCUUCUGCCCUUGGAUAUUCAGGAGCUGAUUGCCCAAGCUGUGCUGGCAACUAGGAACUACAACAAAUGCUUUCUAAACGUCUGCUUUGCGUACACGUCGAGACAUGAAAUCAGCAAUGCUGUCAGGGAGAUGGCAUGGGGGGUGGAACAAGGAUUGCUCGAACCCAGUGAUGUGUCUGAAUCGUUGCUUGAUAAGUGUCUGUACACCAACAACUCCCCUGACCCAGACCUCCUGAUUCGAACCUCUGGAGAGGUUCGGUUGAGUGAUUUCUUGCUCUGGCAGACAUCCCAUUCAUGCCUGGUGUUUCAGUCAGUCUUGUGGCCAGAAUAUUCCUUUUGGAACUUGUGUGAGGCCAUCCUUCGGUUCCAGAUGAACUACAGUGCUUUACAGAAGGCCAGAGACUCCUACAUGGAGGAAAGGAGGCGACAACAGAUGGAAAGGGAUCAGGCUUAUGUGACAAGGAAGCUGCAGCAGGAGGGCUUUGCGUCCCACGGAGACUCCUGGCGCCGACGGACACUGUUGCAGAAAUGCACGGCCAUGCGGGAAGAGAGAAUCCAGGGCUUUCUACAGGCACUAGAGCACAAGAGAGCGGACUUCUUUGAAAGAUUGUGUACGGUGUCUGCAUGACAUAGGUGCUGGGUUGUUCUUGGGAAGACAGUUAACGGUGUUAGAGGGAACAGCUGCUGCCCAGAGGAAAUCACUCGGUGUGGUUCUGCGGGGGGGAUGCAGGGUGGCUGUAGGACUUGAUGACCCCUCUGGCCCUGUCUGAGGGCAGGGACAGAGUACUGUGAACCUUUCUAGUUCUGUGAUUGCUGCUGGGGAAGGGAAUGCCGUCCUUCUGUCUCGCCUCCCUGCCCCUGACGCUGCAGGAUACAUGCACCCUGCUAUAUCUCUGCUGCUUGGCACUUGACAGGCCUUGGGGUGUUUUGGUGACGUUAACUAAAAAGAGCCUCCAGUUCUCUUUGGCUUCUCAUGAAUUGGCCCAGGCGAACCACUUCAGCCCUGUUAAAUCAGUGUGCACUUCAAUUCCUUCCAUGGCUGUGCAGGAGGGAAUCUUCUGUUGAGAUUUCCUCUGCCGUCCCAAAAGGGCAGCCUUGCUUUCUGUAGGGAGAGGAUUAUUCCUGGUGCAGAAGGGAGCCCUGUGCAAAGUGGUGGCAGAAAUACUCCCCACUGCCUGCUUCAUGAGAGCAUCUUGGUUUUCUCUAUCUUACUGUGCUGGUUUUGAGCUAUCUGCUCUUGGCUUCCAAAGUUAAAGCGAGGUGUUGUCAGCCUUGCUCUAAAGAGAAAAAGAUAGUCCAGAGCUUCACCAGGUCCUGCGAUCCCUUCUGAGUGCUGUAUGUGAGGAAAACCAAGAUGCUGAUGUUGGAACAGACUGACUGUGCUUAGGAAAGAGGCUCUGAGCAGGCAAGAAAACAGGAUUGGUUGGGAAUUAACUUAAUGGCUUAAAAAGGAAAAUAAGUUAGCUAAAAUUGGGUGAUGGAUACAGUAUGCCAAAUUCCUCUGACCUCUCUAGAGCUGAGACUUUCAAGUCCUGCUUCCAGGGAGUGAGGAUGGGCUUAGUUCAGGAAUACAGCAGCGAAACCUGACCUCUGACCCCAGCCAAAAUGAAGGGUUACCUAGAUUGUGACAGGAGUGGCCGGAGCAGCUGGGGAGUGUUGUUUGUUCUCAGUGUUCCAUCAGCAGGGAGGUGGACUAGCUAAUUUCCAAGAUUAUUUCCGUCUCUAAUUUCUCCUGGUUUCCGUCCCCGUGGUCAAAAUAACUGAAAUGUCUUGCUUUUUGUUUCUGAUGCACAUAUAGGUGCAGCAGUACCAGCUGUUGCUGGUUUUAAAGUGUUCCUUUUUAUCUCCAGGUGAAAACUAGAAAAAUGCAGAUAUAAGAGACUUGUAAGUGCUGCAGACUCAGCACUCUGAAUGUGAUUGUGAAGAGGAUAACUACAUUGUCAAAUCGUCAAUAAAGCAUAUUCAUACCAAACUUAUUUAAAAAAUAAGCUGAACAUUUAAAAGGACGCAGAGCUGCUUAUUCUGAGGUGUUGAUGAAGCUGGCAUCCAGGUUUAAUAUAAUACUGUUUAACCUGUGACAGACUCGAUAUUUGAUUCCUGUUAGACUGAAAACAAUUUGAAGGCUGUGUUCUUUUUACAGUCUAGUGUGAGCAAUUUGCCGAUACCCCAAGGCUUGGCCGAAGGAAGCUCCGUGCGCAUACCUCCUCUUGCGUAAGUAGCAGACAGUACCUCGGAUAAAAGUGUGCUGAGAUAAUGGGAGCUGUCAAUUUUAAACUUCUUUUGCUGCAUUUUAUUUUCUCUGUCUUCACAUUACAGGAAGCUGUGUGUGGAAAUAGUUUACUCUCCAUGAGAUGGAGCACUCUCCAGUCAGCUUUGCCGUGCUGAUGGGGAGACUCUUCUACCUGAGAAUGUACUUUUGCCUGAAAAGAAAAA